AUGGGUGCAGUUGCUUCAGUACUCCCUUUCCUAGGCUUCCCUUCGGAUGAUGGUGAUGAGGGUAGUGGUUAUGGAAGAUCCGAGCAAUGGAGAGUAGAACAGAGGGCAAGGGAACUAGAAGCACAAGUGCAUACUGCGAGGCAGGAAGCGGAAGAGGCGAGGCGCAGGGCAAAUGAGGCGGAAAGCAGAUCUAGAAUGGCCCAAGAAGAGGCCACGUUAUCAUGGGAGAGACGUCAGGAAGAACUGCAGCAAGCGUUGGAUGAGGCUGAAGAAGCUUUUCACAGAGCAGAUGAAGCAAGACUCGCGACUGAGCGUAGAUGGUUUGAAGGAGUUCGCCCUGAGCGCCGCCCUUCAGAUCAAGAGAUUAUUGAGAUGAAAGCCCGCUAUGGUUACAGCCCAAACUUCAUUCACAUCGCUGUUGUUGGCUCUGCUGGAGCUGGGAAGUCAUCCUUCAUCAAUACCGUCCGUGGCCUGUCCAAUAAUGAUCCCAUUGCCGCUCGCACGGGGAUUGUCGAAACUACCGACACCGUCACAAGUUAUCCUGAUCCACGUCCAAACUCCCGGAUCAUUUGGUAUGACGUUCCUGGAGCAGGCACACCAAGCGUACCCGAUUGGCAGUAUUUCAACGACCUGGGACUCUACAUCUUCGACUGCAUCAUCAUCCUCAUCGACAACCGUCUCUUGGAAUCUGACCUCGCCGUCCUCAGUGCCUGCCAGCAGUGCAGCACCGUUGAGGCAUUCAUUGUUCGCUCCAAAUCAGAUCAACACAUCAACAACAUGGCGUGCGACAAGAUACCAGGUUUCGACCCUUGUGAUCCUGACACUGAUGACGAGACACGUUCUCGUUUUCUGCAAAUCAAAUUUGAAGAAAAGAGGAGGUUCAUCCACGAAACGAACGAGAAUGUGCGGAAGAACCUUGAGGACAAAAGCCUCUCUCCUCGGAGGGUCUACAUCGUUUGCAAGGACGCCAUGCUCGCGAGGUUGCAGAAUGCGCGUUCCUCAAAAACAAUUGACGAGGCAGAGCUUCGGGAUGAUGUCGAGGGAAGUGUGCGUAGGCGUCUACAGUCGGGGCGUUAA